AUGCAUAUCACCACAAUGUGUGUAACUGGUGAAGUGGCACGUAAAGCGUAACCUCACAAUGUCCUGUCAUAUUGUAAUAUUUUUCUCAUAUAUGAUGUAAACAAUUAGUAGAAUAAAUAUUGCACGUGAAUUCUGGGCCAAGUACUCUGUCUGUUUUACGUAUAGGUUAAAAACGAACUCUUCAAAAUGAAAAAGUCGGAAAAACUAUUAGCUGCCAGAAAAAGGCUCAAGGAAUUCCAAAUGAGUAAAAGAAGUCACGCAGCAGAUAAUACUUCCAAAGAUGUAAACGAAAAUACAGAAGAUUCCACUCUGUCACAGAUUGACAAUACUCUUUAUAACUCUGAUAAUAAUUACAACUACCAGAAAAUAGAGUCCCCAAGACAGGAGACUCAAAAACCAGCAACAGACUGCCAAGUUUCUGAAGUCCCUCAGCAAAUUUCAGAAUUGCAUAAUUUCUUGGAAUUUAAGCCCAAUGGUGAUAUCACUUCUGCUGCAACAAAGCCGGUGAAUUUCUCAAAUCCUAUCAGCAGUUUUCAAGACACAGUCGAUUUUACUGCUCAAGAAAAACUGUCGGAAGAUUCCAGUAUUAUCUCUAAUUUCACAAAUAUGACAGAUGAUGUUUUUAGCAAACAUCACACUAGUGAGAAUCUGACUAAUGUCCAGAAUUAUUUCACCUAUCAAAAUAUAAUGAAUAAACCAGAUGAAACCGAAGUGGAACAAGACAUUUUAUUAAAAAACGAGAUGGAUAAUGCAAAUGUCCAUACAGAGUCAACUAAUGAUCGCAGCCAUAUACAUACUGAGUAUGAAUCGUUGGCCGGAUCUCAGGCAUUGCAGAAAGAAUAUCUACUACAGAUGACGUCUGCCGUUACAAACAUAUUGACAAGUGAAAUGGAGAAUAAAGAGGUGCCGCAAGAACUUACCUCUGAUUUGGAACAGAGAAACCAAUUCUUGGCAUCCUGCUUGCAAGAACAAAAAGAACUUGUUAACCGAUUACAUCUUGAAGUUAGCCAAUAUAGGACAAGAGUGUCAGAACUAGAAAUGAUAAUGACUACAAAGGAUGCGGAAUUCGAAGCAAAGCUUUAUCACGAAUUGAAUCCGCUCAAAGAGCAGUUACAACUCCACGCACAAACAACUGGCAUUCUUGUAGGAGAAAAAGCUGAGCUUACUGCUGCCCUUGUACAAAGUCAAACAACUACCAAGCAAAAAAUCGCUGAAGUCGAAGAAUUAAAUGGAAAAUUAAAAUCACAGCAACUUCAAGUCUCUGAUUUAGAAAGGGAACUGAAUUCCGUCAAAAAUAGCAACGAAGAUGUUGGAAAACUGAAUAACCAACUACAAUCUAGCUUUUACUCUUUAGAGACUAAAUAUUCUCAAGUGAAACAAGAAAAGGACGACUUGGAAUUAGAGACCGCUGAACUAAGGCAGAAAUUAAAUGUUAAAAAUACCGAAUUGACUAAUAUUCAACAAGAAUUAAAAGAAAAAACCGCCUUGCUGUCCUUGAAUGAGCUCAGAAUGCAACAGAUGACUUCUACAACACAUGAAACACAAGGUAUCAGCGAGCAGCACCAUGUAGUCACCGCACUGGAACAGCAAUUGAGCCAAUUAAUGGAAACUCUUAAAUCUGUCAGUAGUGAACGUGACGAAGCUAGUAACCAUUAUCAAAAUUAUGUUCAACAAUUGAACACCCAAGUUACCAAUCUGGCUCUGAAACUCGAGCAAACUACAAAGGAGAAUGAAGAAAUAAGAGGUCGAGAGCACAGCCUAAUUCAACGGUUGUCUGAUCUAGAACGCCAAAUACAAAGUCAAAAAGAAAUACCUGAGCCUCCACCUCCUGUUAUCAAUGACAAUAAAGAGCGACUUGAUGAGUUAGUAAAAAGUGUUGAUCAACUUACUUUGGAACGUGAUAGUCUUCGAGCAACACUUCAUGAGAAGGAUUCAGAUAUUGAUGCACUCAAACAAGAGAUGGAAGAGCUGCAAGAAAUGCGUGCAAGCAAUGCUGAGGCAUCUCGUUUAGCCUCUGCUCUAGAAGGCGAAAGAUUAGCAGCAGCUCGAGCUGUCUCUCAAAAUCAACAGUUGAAACAGCAGCUGAGUGAAAUGCAAGAUGCUUUCGUCCAACUUAGCAACACGAAACUUGAUUUGACGGAGCAGCUACAAGGUGAGAGGUCGAUUGGAAGAAAAUUGAAUGCCCGUUUGAAUGAUACUGAAAAUGAAGUAGAGAAAUUGAAAAGUGAACUGCAGCAAAAGGAUUUGCUCAUGACUGAGUUAGAGAAAGAAAAAUUACACAUGGCUCAAAUUACAGAUCAAAUGCAACACUAUCAAGCUCAGUCUAAUCAAGCUAGUACUUUGCAGCAAGAACUUCACAAUACGCAGGAACGAAUCGAAGUUUUAAUGAAGGAAAAUCAACAAUUGAUUAGCGAAUUGAAUGCUGGGAAGAUGUUGAAUGAAUCAACAGUUCAAAAUCAAAAUAUUGUACAGCCCAAUGGUGAGUGUAACUCGCAAGCAUUGAACAAUGCAGAAAAAAUAAACGUAUCAACAGCAACAACACAGACUGAGUCGUAUAGUAAUGGUGUCCUGACUCCGCCAAUUACGGAGCAACAAGCAAUGGUGUCAGUUUCGCCCGAAGCUGUGAAAAGGUUGGAGGAACGAUUUAAAGAUACCAUGGAACGUGUUGCUGAACUUUCAGAUGAAAAACAAAGAUUGGAACAUGUCGUUUUACAGCUUCAAAGUGAAACCGAAACCAUAGGCGAAUAUGUUACCUUGUAUCAAAAGCAGCGUGGUGUCCUUCAAGAAAGGGCUAAAGAGAAGGAAGAAGCAUUCCGCCAGUUGACGGAACAACGAAAUCAACAACAGGAACAGCUGCAUAAACUCAAAAUGCUUGUAGCUGAAUUAAUUAAAGAGAAAACUACGUCCACCGCUGCAUCUGCAUUAUCGGAUAGGACAAACGAAGAUGACCUAGAAGCAAGUAAACACAUGGAAAACAAGACGUUCUGUCAAUCUGAAGUAGUUACAGUAAAAGAUAAAACUACAUCUCAAAUUCUUGAUCUUCUGACAGAAAUAAAAGAAUGCAAGGAUACGUGUGCCUUGGAACCUAACUUCCAUCCAUGCCCGUGGUGUUCAGGAAAAUUGAUUACAAUUUAACACUAAAAAUAGUCAUUAACUUAUAUUGCCUUAAAAUUAUUCAACUCUUAAAUAUCAUGAUUACCAUAAAUAUAUCCCUAAACAGAACAUGUCAAAAUUGUACAUAAAAUGUUGAAGUAUUUCAUAAAUUUA